CAGGUGGGCCGAAAAGAUGGAGAUUUGGGCACUGGGCUCGUGGGGCCCCAGGCCUGCAGGCAUCUGUUCUGGGUUAUUGUUAUCUGCUGUUCAUUGCCCCCAAGUAAAGCAGAAAACAAUUGCAGCACGCGGUUAUUUUUGCAUUAAUUGUGCGCAAGUCGUAACUGCUUCUAGAUCUCGGUCAGAUUUUCGGGGCUGGCUUGUGUCUUAUUUUUAAACUCUGGCCUGCCCGGAGCUGCUGUCCCCGGCGUCACACCUCCGAGACGCACGCGGGAGACUUAUCGGCCGUUUAUGGAAGCGAAUCUGUAGAGAACAGCUCUGCUUCUAAAUAAAUUUGGAGGGUUGAAUGAAACAACGUGAGUUGUUUGGUCUAAACAAGGCUGGCUGACCAUGCUGGUCCACAUAAGAGAACUGCUGAGGUUGCUGCUAAAGUUCUGAGAUGAGCCAGGGAUAAUGUCGCAUCUUUGUGUUUGCUGGUAAAAACUUACGCUUAUGGGUUGCUUUGUACACAGAGAAACAGAUAUCUCCUCUGCCCCAAAGAAGUUUUGGUUUCCAUAACGCAAGGAAAACCCCGGGCGAGACUUGGGGCAACGAAUCGGGUGUUAAAACCUCGUCCGGCUCGGCCUUUGAUGUGAAAAUGACCAAGUUGGGGUUUCUCCGGCUGUCCUACGAGAAGCAAGACACUCUCCUCAAGCUCCUCAUUUUGUCGAUGGCAGCUGUGCUGUCUUUCUCCACAAGACUUUUUUCUGUCUUAAGAUUUGAAAGCGUCAUCCAUGAAUUUGACCCGUAUUUUAACUACCGCACAACCCGCUUUCUGGCAGAGGAGGGUUUCUAUAAGUUCCACAACUGGUUUGACGACCGAGCGUGGUACCCUUUGGGCAGGAUCAUCGGUGGAACCAUUUAUCCAGGUCUUAUGAUCACAUCGGCAGCGAUUUACCACGUGCUUCACUUCUUCCACGUCACCAUUGACAUCCGAAAUGUCUGCGUGUUCUUGGCUCCCCUCUUCUCCUCUUUCACCACCAUAGUAACUUACCACCUCACCAAAGAGCUCAAGGAUGCAGGGGCAGGACUCCUUGCCGCUGCCAUGAUUGCAGUCGUGCCCGGGUACAUCUCUCGAUCUGUUGCCGGCUCCUACGAUAACGAAGGUAUCGCCAUAUUCUGCAUGCUGUUGACUUACUACAUGUGGAUCAAAGCAGUAAAAACUGGCUCCAUCUAUUGGGCAGCCAUGUGUGCUCUGGCGUAUUUCUACAUGGUCUCCUCGUGGGGUGGCUACGUCUUUCUGAUUAACCUCAUCCCCUUGCAUGUUCUUGUGCUGAUGCUGACCGGGCGCUUCUCCCACAGGAUCUACGUAGCCUAUUGUACGGUCUACUGCUUGGGGACAAUCCUCUCGAUGCAGAUCUCCUUUGUGGGCUUUCAGCCCGUCCUCUCCUCGGAGCACAUGGCUGCCCUGGGAGUCUUCGGCUUGUGUCAGAUCCACGCCUUUGUGGACUACCUGCGGAGCAAGCUGAACCCGCAGCAAUUUGAAAUCCUCUUCCGGAGCGUCAUUUCUCUCGUCGGCUUCGUCCUCCUCACCAUAGGGGCUGUGCUGAUGCUCACAGGGAAGAUCUCCCCGUGGACGGGGCGUUUCUACUCUCUGCUGGACCCUUCCUAUGCGAAGAACAACAUCCCCAUCAUCGCGUCUGUCUCCGAGCACCAGCCCACCACUUGGUCCUCCUACUACUUUGACCUGCAGCUUCUUGUUUUCAUGUUCCCAGUCGGGCUGUAUUACUGCUUCAGCAAUCUCUCCGACGCCCGCAUCUUCAUCAUCAUGUACGGUGUCACCAGCAUGUACUUCUCUGCGGUGAUGGUGCGUCUGAUGCUGGUGCUGGCCCCGGUCAUGUGCAUCCUGUCUGGCAUUGGGGUUUCUCAGGUGCUCUCCACCUACAUGAAGAACCUGGACAUCAGCCGACCGGACAAGAAAAGCAAAAAACAACAAGACUCCACGUACCCCAUCAAAAACGAAGUCGCCAGCGGCAUGAUCCUGGUCAUGGCUUUCUUUCUGAUCACGUACACCUUCCACUCGACCUGGGUGACCAGCGAGGCCUACUCCUCUCCCUCCAUCGUGCUCUCUGCUCGAGGUGGGGACGGCAGCAGGAUCAUCUUUGACGACUUCAGAGAGGCUUACUACUGGCUGCGGCACAACACACCGGAGGACGCGAAGGUCAUGUCUUGGUGGGAUUACGGGUAUCAGAUAACCGCGAUGGCCAAUCGGACCAUUCUGGUGGACAACAACACCUGGAACAACACACACAUCUCGCGAGUUGGUCAGGCCAUGGCAUCGACGGAGGAGAAGGCCUACGAGAUCAUGCGGGAGCUGGACGUCAGCUAUGUGCUGGUAAUAUUCGGAGGCCUCACUGGAUACUCGUCUGACGACAUCAACAAGUUCUUGUGGAUGGUGCGGAUCGGGGGCAGCACGGACACGGGCCGGCACAUCAAGGAGCACGACUACUACACGCCGACGGGCGAGUUCCGUGUCGACCGCGAGGGCUCCCCGGUGCUGCUCAACUGCCUCAUGUACAAGAUGUGCUACUACCGCUUCGGGCAGGUCUACACCGAAGCCAAGCGGCCGCCGGGCUACGACCGCGUGCGGAACGCCGAGAUCGGCAACAAGGACUUCGAGCUGGACGUGCUGGAGGAGGCCUACACCACAGAGCACUGGCUGGUCCGGAUAUACAAAGUCAAAGACUUGGACAACCGGGGCCUCUCGCGAACGUAGCCGCGCCAGUGGCUCCGCCGCCGCCCCCUUUCGCCCGGCCUUGGCCCUGGGAAGCAGUUUGGGGAGGAUUGGGUUUUUUUUUUCUUUUUCUUUUUUCUUUUUUCUUUUUUUUUUUUUUUUUUUUUUUUUGUUUGGUUGGGGUUUUUUUAUACACCGUUUGUAAGCAAGCGGACGUCGCCAGCCGGGCGGCGGAGGGAUUUUUACAAACGCCGCCUGGCUCCCGAAUUGGAAAUAAUGGCUUUACGGUGGGUUGAUUAAAGGGGAAUUCCCACUAAAAAAAUAAUAAAAAAUAAUAAUAAAAAAACCAAACGCCC